AUGCAGUUCCUAGUGAAAUAUUGGUUUAAUAUCGAAAAUGUUUUCCAAACAAUUCAACCGGUCUGUCGCACCAUGAAAUGGUUUGGCUUCAUGCCAUUCACGCUGGUUUCACGCGUCGGUGUGCCGCCGUUGAGGGCGUCCCGACCGAGCUCGGUUAGCCUGGAAAUGAAACCAACCGACGCACUGCUGCUGGUCGCCUGGCAGCUGUACAUGCUGCACUGGUUCUUCACGGACUGGGUGGACACCAUCCACGAAAUUCCGGUGUCGAAAAUCAUGACUUAUUUCAGCGUUUCGAUGAAUUUGCUCGAAACGAUACUGCAGUGCUCCCUGCAACUGUUGGUGGCAUUUUCCAAGGCUAAGAUCGAGCAAACGCUGCGACUAGUGCAGUUCACGGAUGAUUUGUUGGAACCGGUCGGAUUCGGAGUAAAUCACCGUCAGCAGCAUCUGGGUUCGAUUUUGCUGAUUCUUGGAUCCAUUUUUGGCGCGGGAUUGAUUUUUGUGGCGGAAUUCGCCGUUACACAGCAGUUCGAUGCUGGUGUAGCCGAAGUUUGGAAUAAAUAUUACACCACAAUGACAAUUUGCUUCUUCAACGCAAUGCGAAUGAAUCAGACCUGUCCGCUGGUCGUUUUCAUUGGCGGUUUGUUGGUUUUCAGAUCUCGAUACAGAAAAUUGAAUGAAGGCUUCAAACUAUACUUCAGCCGGGACCGGCCGGAAAGUCCCAGUGACGAGGAAGUAAAAACUUUCCUAACAACCAUAGCCAUUAGCCACGACACCCUCACGGACGCUGUAACAACAUUCUGUGAUGUUUUUAGCAUCCAGGUCACCUUCGCCUGCACGUCGUUCAUCGUUUACAACAUCUUCAGCAUGUACACGAUGGGUGCCCUGUUCUCUCGCCCGACACCGGGUUUCGUUUUCCUGUGCUUGUUCUACAACCUGGGCAAUCUGCUGUACGCAAUGCACAUCAUCCCAAUCCUUAAGCUGGGUAGCGACGUUCGGAACGAGGGCACUCGAAUGGUCGUCCUGGUUCACAAGGCCAUCAAUCAAUCGUCGCUUUCGGUUGGCUCAAUUGACCGGUUGCGACUGUUUUCCCGGCAGCUUCAACAGCAAACACCAAACAUUUCCGGUGGAAUGUUUUCCUUCGAUUGGACUCUCUGCUUUUCGAUAUUUUCCGCGACGGCCACAUACGUCAUGAUUAUGAUCCAGUUCGAACUAGAUGUGCCACAGUUUUUCAUCGAUGCCUUGAAACCUGCGACCGGAAAUCUAUCCUCCCGGGUAUCGUUUUCCCGUGGCACCCACUGA